UGCCGAGAAUCUUCCUCCGAAAAUGAGCCACCUUCUGCUACUGAUGUCGAACAGAUGAACUCCCCUUCCAUGCUUCCCUUGAACGCUGGCAAUGACCGGGUGGACCAGCGCACCUGCUUGAUCUGCGGCGACCGAGCGACGGGUCUCCACUACGGCAUCAUCUCGUGUGAGGGCUGCAAGGGCUUCUUCAAACGGAGCAUUUGCAACAAGCGGGUCUACCGAUGCAGCCGCGACAAGAACUGUGUCAUGUCCCGCAAGCAGCGCAACAGGUGCCAGUACUGCCGGCUGCUCAAAUGCCUCCAGAUGGGGAUGAACCGGAAAGCAAUCCGCGAAGACGGCAUGCCCGGAGGCAGGAACAAGAGCAUUGGACCAGUCCAGAUCUCCGAGGAAGAGAUCGAGCGGAUCAUGUCCGGACAGGAGUUUGAAGGGGAGGCCAACAUCUCCUGGAGCAACAAUGGGGACAGUGAUAACAGCUCCCCCGGGAAUGGGGUGUCGGAGAGCAACCAGCCCUCCCCAGUCUCGACCCCGUCCUCAAGUAGGUCUGUGGAGCUGAAUGGAUUCACCGUACUCAGGGAUCAGUAUAUGGGAACGCCAGUGCCUGCACCCUACCAGUACCUUCCGCACCUUCUGAGCUGCCCAGCUCACACAGCCAUCAUGCCCUCCCAGCCCCGAAGCCACGACCCACAGUCCCAUGGCCUCCUCAUCAGCCAGCUGGUGUCUGCGGAGGACCUGGAACCCCUGGGCACCCCUAUGCUGAUUGAAGAUGGGUACAAAGUGACUCAGGCUGAGCUCUUCGCACUGCUCUGUCGGCUGGCGGAUGAGCUGCUCUUCCGCCAGAUUGCCUGGAUCAAGAAGCUGCCAUUCUUCUGUGAACUCUCCAUCAAGGACUACACCUGCCUCCUGAGCUCUACUUGGCAGGAGCUGAUCCUGCUUUCCUCUCUCACCGUUUACAGCAAGCAGAUUUUCGGGGAUCUGGCUGACGUGACCUCCAAGUACUCCCCCUCUGAUGAUGAGCUCCAGAGGUUUAGUGAAGAAGGGAUGGAAGUGAUGGAGCGGCUCAUCUACCUGUACCGCAAGUUCAGCCAACUGAAAAUCAGCAAGGAAGAGUAUGCCUGUAUGAAAGCCAUUAACUUUCUCAAUCAAGAUAUUCGAGGCCUGACAAAUGCUUCCCAACUGGAGCAGCUGAACAAACGCUAUUGGUACGUCUGCCAGGAUUUCAUGGAGUUCAAGUAUCCCCACCAGCCGACCCGGUUCCCGGAUCUGAUGAUGUGCCUGCCGGAGAUCCGAUACAUUGCAGGGAAAAUGGUGAGCGUCCCUCUGGAGCAGCUGCCACUCCUCUUUAAGGCCGUGCUGCACUCCUGCAAGGGUGGCGUGAGUAAAGAGUGAGGAAGACGAGAACGAGGAUCCCUGCAUUCGAGGCUGAAGAUGCGAAAUGGCUGUUUGGCAGGGCAGUGGGUAGCCUUGCCAUUGUAGCAGGAAUCCUGGUUUUUGUGUUUUGUGGGUUUUGUGUUUUUUUAAAAAAACUCGUUUCCUAUAAUAUUUAUUUCACGACAGAGUUGAAUGUAUGAUCUUCAACCCCACCCCACCCUCCCCACUCUCCUCCCCUGCCCCCAUGCAUGGCAUCCUGUCCGAGUGUGGCCCCUCUUGCAGUUUACAGAAAAUGUGAAGAUGUUUGUUACAGUGUUUUUAGGGUUAGGCCUUUUGUAAUGAGGGUUUGGGGCGGGGAGGGGUGGGGAGGGGGGCUGGGGCCGACAACUAAGACUACCUCAAGCAGAGACAGGUGCUGUUUUUGCAGUUUUCUGCAGGUCAUGCUCACCCAAAAUGGGUCAUCUUUCUCAGGAAAUCAGCCAGGUUCAUUUCCCCCCCCUAGAGAUGCCAAAUAACCCAGGAGCGCAGGCAGGUGGGUGGGCAGCGUGGCAGCUGACUCCUCUCAAACUGGGGGGCCUUCCCCUCUCAGGCACUCCCUGAGACAUCAUCCAUUCCUAUUCCACAUCCGCACAUCCAUGCAGGCACUUAUAUCAACCACUGUGCUGUCUAAAGUCCCUUUUAGUACUCCAGGCCCUGUUAGUAGCUCUCCGUCAGUUGUAUUCAUGAACUGUGAGGAAGGGAAUAUAGCAUGUGAGAGGCUAGAUUGGCAGCCCCAUACUCUCAGUGGUCUUAGACCUUUCCUGCCCCCUUCCUUCCAUUGCCUCUUUUCUGGAGAAGGGGGGCUGAGCCAGGCAGCAGCAGAUGCAGCCUUGAAGGCCAGAGAGUAAAACAGGGCAGGAGAUGUUCCUACUAAGUGGAGCAUUCCCUUUAUUUUGAGUUUCCAAAGGUUGAGAGAUUGAGAGAGAUAUACCUCAAGCACUGCCACAAUUGCCUCUUACCACAGCCUAGUUCCAUCUGCUCUGUCCUUGCUCCCUUUCUGCGUUUGGACACUUGGCACCUUUUCUAGGGGAGAGGCCCAGCUGGUGGGUCAAUGUAGGGGAUACAAAAUGGAUGAGCUUGACCCAAGAGCCAACAACCCCCACCCUACAGGUGCUGCAGAAGCCUGUGGCCCAACUCAUGCCUCCCCCUGGCCAAACAUACGGACUCUCUGGCCUGUUGUGUUUGCUGCUGGGGUGGGAGUGGGAGGGCUCCCCCUUCCUGCUAUUUCUCCUCUGGUCCUGCUUUGCUAACCUCUCACCCCAUCCCACCCCAACCCUCUCCUCCUAACAGUGUUGCUGCUGCUGAUUCCAGCAAAGUGAAACGGGUAAUGGCCACGUGCAGCUGGGGCUGGCCAGCUUUCUGUGGCUUUGUGAAUUCCCUUCCCCAUCACCCCCCAAAAACUGGUGUUCCAGUCCUUUUGUUUUCCUGUCCGUCUGAAUAGUGUGGGUCUCCCAUUCCCUUCUCACCCCUCUCUCUCAGGAAGUCCUCCUCCUCCUGCUUUGAACACCAUAUAUACCUCAAAGGGCAGCCAAGAGACUGGAACCCUCUCCUCCAACUGCCCUUCUGUCUGUCUUUUCUGUCUGUUUGUCUUGUGUUGCAAAACUAGAAAAGUGCUGCCUGCUUGACAUUGGUGUUAUAUUAUUUUUUAUUGUUGUCGUUACUAUUUUUGGGAAAAGCUAUCCACCAUACUUCCAAUGAUUAUGUUACCUUCCGGCUUGCGAACAUUUAGCUGGGGAGGGGAAGACAUUGCACAAACUGAAGAAUUGGCCUCCCCCCUUUUUGGCUAAGAAGGGUCAGUUUUGAAACUAAUAGAUCUGUGGGAUUUCUAGAAGCCCCCCC